UCCAUAUUUCCACAUCCAGACGUUUUCCUGUGCCUCAGAUGAUCUCACUGGAUGGCCAUUUUCUCCACUAACAUGAUUUGUCCAUAACGCCGAAGAUGAGCAAGAUUUGUUCGGGCCAUGGUAACCCCCUUCCCCUGUCGUCUCUGCGCCUGAUCGUCCCCCCUCUGCAGCUCGUGUCUGCAGCUUUGUGGGAAAUAGUGAAACAGGGGGCUGUGAUGUACUAUGGCUUGCUGGAGGAGUUCGUUACCACGGUGCUGGAAACAGUCCCUGAGCUGCUGACUUACAGACAGAGUGUCCAACUUGUUAUGGGCCUUCGAGCACGGGUGGUGCUAGAGUUGUGCCGAACUGAUGAAUUUGCCAGCCUGCAGACCAUCCAGCCUCAUCUCACAAGAAUAAAUGCCUACAUUACUAAGAAUGAUAAGCAAACUUCUACUUCAGAGGUAAAGGCAUCAGUGACAAACUUCUUUAAGCUUGUACACACUCUAGUGGAUGAUCCACGCCAGAGGGUUGUCUUCUAUCAGAAAAUUUUCCCGACUGUGUUUGGCCCCAAAUAUGACUCAGCACUGCAGGCUCUAAUGAGAAUGUUCCUCUGCAGUCUGCAGAAGCUGCUACCUGUUCCAAACCUGGAAGAAACUGCCCAUUGGCUCAGUCUCUCCCCGUCUAUCCUGAAGGAGUGUGUGGAGUUCAUGAAUCAACCUCAGCCAUUGAAUACACUCAUUCAACAUCACAAACAACAUGGACAUGAGAUCCCAAAUGCUCUGUCAUCCUCUGGUGAUGACUGCAUCCUUUCCAGCCUGUCAUAUCACUUACAGAAAGUGGACAUUGACAAAGCAGACAAAGUUGCCAACUCUGGAUCCAUGUGUGUCACUGAAGAUUUGCAUGGGCAUGUUUUAAUUGGCAGCAAGUCUAAAACAGAUGGGACUGAAAACCUGGAGGAGAUAAAUUCAGGAUCAACAAGGAAUGAUGCUGAAGAUAGACAGCAGCAUGUGGAUGAUUUGUCUGAAGAUCAAGGAGCAUCUAUUGAAGUACUGCUUCCUAAUGACGAAAAUGAGUCUGAUGAUAGUGAACUGGACAAAAAAUUGUUUUACUUUUUACAGACUGGCACUGGAACAUCCUCUAAAAGCUUCAAAUGCCAUGUCUGUGGCCAGGGUUUUAGUUCCCUUAACAAACUGAAGAAGCACCAGAUAACUGAAAGCGUUUGCCUUACGCAUCGAUUGGGCAAAAAACAGAGACAAUCAGACCCAAACCGUUCAACUAGCCAAAGUAGCUUUUUUGAGAAGAUAAAUUUGCAUCCUAAAACAAAGACUGGUGCUGAGACAGAUGUUCCUAGGAGAGGCGAGACUGAGCGUCCCUUGUUGCCAGGCACUCAAAGACAUAACCCUUCAAAUCUGAAUACUCUUCGGAACUUUGAGCAGUCGUAUGCUGACCAAGGUCUUAUUUGUCGGGUCUGUGGCAAGACAUUCACUUACCCAAAGAGUUUUGACAAACACCAGAAGAGUUGUCUGGUCAGUAGCAAAAGAAAGAGGCGGACAGAUAUAAAGUGCUCUGUAAGCUUGACUGAUUUUUCCAAAUCAAGACCUGUCCCUAAGACCCAAGAGUGUUUGCCCAGUGAAAAUGAAACUGGGCUUUCUAAUGCUCUACCAAAGGAUCCCUUAUCUUCUGACUCAUCGGAGGAGCAAAUGUGUAAGAGAAGCAGCCGUGUCAAGACAUGUUCUGUAUGUGGGAAAGUUUUUACCAGUUCCAAUGACUUGACAAGGCACAUGAGGUGCCACACUGAACAGAGCCCUUACCUAUGUUCUUACUGUGGGAAAGACUUUGACCACUAUGAAGACUGUGAGAGACACCAAGAGCGUAAAUGCAGGGAGUCAAACCAACAUCCUAGGCAAAGGAAUGAGUUCACACAGGAGAAUACUUUGAGCAACACGUCUAAAACAAAUCCAGAAAGUGCCUUAUCCGCAAACUCUUCAGCUCAGAUCCCAUCAAACCAGGAUGCACUUCCUGAAUCUAUGCAGACCUCUAAACUGCCCCUUAUAUGUCAGGAGUGUGGCCAGGGUUUUACUUACUAUAAGAGUUUUGAAAAGCACCAGAGCAGAUGUUCCCAAAGAACUGGUAGAAGAAAAAGGCGAACAGACUCAAACCAUUUUGUUAUCUUUGCUUGUAAUUUUCAAUCAACUGAUAAUACCCUUGAGACCACUGCAAGUUCUGAGACAAAGGAAAGUGAAACCACAUCACCAAACCAGCCCUCUGCAGGGUCUGUAGAGGGUUGCCAAAGUAAAUCUCGAAUCAUCAAGUGCACCAUGUGUGAGAAGAACUUCUCACAAAUUGUUGAAAUGAAAAAGCACUAUUCCCAGUCGCAUCAAAUUAGAGGCUCAUACCCGUGUCCUGUGUGUAAGAGAACUUUUGUAAGGUUAUGUGAAUUGGUUCGCCAUCAACAAAACAAAAAAUUGUACCAGUGCUCUGCCUGUAAGAAAUGUUUCACAAAACUAGCGCUACUGAAUAUACAUGAGAAGGCUCACACUGCAAAUGUAACACCACAUAUCUGUGAAACAUGCGGGAAAAGCUUCAAAAAUCUGGCCCAUCUGAUUCUGCAUCAGAAGAGGCACAGAGAUCGGCAACCCUGUAUUUGUUCCUACUGCGGGAAACAAUUCAGUACAAAAGACUGCCUGAGAGCGCAUAUGGUGAGACACACAGGUGGUUACCCAUGUCCAAUAUGUGGGAAGAAAUUCUAUCAGAGAACGUACCUUAAAUGGCAUCAGUAUAAACACACAGGGCAAAAUCCAUACCUCUGUGACACUUGUGGGAAAGGUUGGCCAAGUGCAGCUCAACUCAAACUUCACAUGGUUCAACAUACAGAAGAAAGGCCAUUCAAGUGUGAAGAAUGUGGCGCAUGUUAUAAGAGGGAUUCCCAUUUGGUCGCUCAUCGUCGAGCCAAGCAUAUCAGGAUGCGACCAUUUGUGUGUGAAGUUUGCAGCAAAGCCUUCAGGUUAAACAAUGAGCUGAAAAAACACAUGAUGGUUCAUACAGGGGAAAGGCCAUUUGUAUGUCCAAGAUGUGGCAAAACAUUCACAAGAAAAUCCCGUCUGAGGGAGCACAGAGAAAAGGCAUGUCUGUAGCUUAAGUGGUCCCUGUUUUAUGUGGCGAUGUGCUGUAUGAAAAACUGUUCAUGCUUUGAAACCAUGUACCAUACUUUAGUUUGUUAACCAAUAGUACUGUCUCAGUGAUGUGUGAUCGCUUCUAUAAUUAAGAUAAAGGGAUCCUAAUAAACCCCAAAAUACUGUCAGAAAUUAUGGGUGUUUUUCAUUCAUUGUAAAGACAACAAAAUUGAUGACAAUUUGCACUAGGAAUUAAUCUCCCAGAUGUGAACAUCUUAUGUCUGGGAGAAAUCAAGAACAUUUGCAGCCCUGAGGCUUUGAUAUGCAGCCCAGAGCACAUCAAAUUAGAGUCCUUUUGGAAGUCUGCUGUCUUAAAAUGUGAGGUCUGCAAGGCUUCUGCUUAAUCCAAAUGCUGCAGGAAUCUCAAGGUUGGCAAGAUAGGGCACAGGUCGCAGAUUCAGUUUCGGUGCCAUUUCAAACGAGAGAAAAUACUGGACAAAUACAAAAGUGGCACUACAAAGUUCCCCCAAUCAAGAUUUCGCUGGUUUUGUCACAUCUGGAGAGGUGUGUUUGUCAUGUGUUGUGAGUGCAUUUUUUUAAUGCCUAUCUACUAAACACAUUGUUUAACAGUUCAAGAUAGACCAAUGAAACACAAACGACAACACUAGCUGGGC